AUGAAUAAUAAAAUUAAUAUAUUAAAAAUAUUAUGUAGAAAAAUACAAAUAAAAGGUAAUUAUUUAUCUAUUAAAAAAAAUAUAUUUAAUUUAUUAUAUAAUAAUAAUAUAAUAAAUUUUGAGAUAAUUUUAUUAAAUAAUUUAUUAAAUAUUUUAUAUAAAUUAAUAUAUAUUAUGUUUAAAGAGGAGAAUAAUUAUAUAUUAAAUAUAACUAAUUUAUAUAAUUUUACUAACUUUAUUAAUAUUAUUUUUAAAUUUAUAUAUAAUGAUAUAAAAUUAAAUAAAGGUAAAGUUUGUUUACCAACUUAUUUAUAUUAUUUAUAUACAAAUUUAUAUAAUAUUAUUAAUAAAAAAUUAAAUAUAAAUUAUAAUUUAUAUAAAUUUUUUUAUAAAAAUUAUUUAAAUUAUUUAUUAAAAUGUAAUAAUUAUAAUAAUAAUUAUAUUAUAAAUAAAAAAUUUAAAACUAUUUAUUUUUAUAAAUAUAUUAAUAUAAAUAAUAUUUAUAAAAAAAAUAGUAUAAAUAUUUAUUUAAAAAAUAAAUAUUAUAAUAUUAUUAUUAAAAAUUAUAUAAAUUAUAAUAAUAAAAAGUUUAAAAAGAAUUAUUUAAUAAAAUAUAUAAAAAAAAAUGAUUAA